GGGGAAUUUUGGAGGGAAGACUGAAAAGCGCGGGAAAAUGGCAAGGUUCUAGCUUUAUCAAUUGAAUGGAGAAAAAUAGAGAACCCAAGUCGCGGAGCUAGCGGGCAAAGGGAAUAUAGGUAGGUUGGGAGCCGGGGGAGAAAGGUAAGCGAAAAUAAAUGGAAGAAGACGGAAAUCUGAAGUUGAGAACCACCGGGAUCAUUAGUCUGAACAAAAAUCAAGGGACGAAAUCCGGAGUUCCAGACCUCACCGGCGAGGUCCACCAACUGCCCUGCUGCAUCAAGUACGACGGCCCUUCCGACGUUUCCGACUACUUCAAACCUAAAUCCACCGGGUUAGAAGUUGAUGGACUGGCAGAGCAACAGGCGUAUUUCAGGGGCAGAAAGCUACAUGGCGUAACGAUUCCCAUUCCACCUGGUUAUUCUGGAUUUGUCUUGGGUAAGAAAAGUCUUGGCAAGAGAAAAGCUUCUGAUUGCAACUCUAAUUGUUGGGAGCCGAGUGCUAAGUUUGAGAAUAUAACUUACUGGAAUCACGACACACUACCUUCACAAGAUGAUACGUUUGUUCGGUCUCUCCAUUGGUUAUCUGUUGCAGAAGCUCUACACAAGCCGGUGACCAUAGAAGACUUGGGUUCCACACCCAUUCCCAAGGAGUAAAAGCUGUGAGGGUGUGAUUAAAAAUUUUGGGGGCACCUUUGUUCUCUACUUCUAUCUGUAUUGCUUGGUAGUUAGUGUGUGAUGAACUACACUAAUAUUUUAGGAAUGGUGGAUUUGUGAUGCAAUCAUCUUUUCAAUGAAUGUUUUGAUAUGAACUUGACUUCUCGUUGCCAGUUGGAAAAAUUGUUAUUAGAUGGAUAGAAGAAAGCCCCCAGAAAUGCAGAGUCCUUUUUUCCAUUCUUGAGCUGUCUUUGUUAGAAGAAUCAAAGAAGUGGUGAAGAAUAUGAUUAUGCAUCCGCGUGAGUGGAAUUCCAAUCCCAAGUGAAGUAAUUGGUAAUAUUCUCUUGACAGGCAGGAUCCUUUUCUAGCCAACCAAUUGAAGUUGUAGAACAUUUUCAUUUGAUGUGCGGAAAGUUGAGCGAUGUUAAGGCUGUCGCCAAUGCAGAAAUCAGUCCGCGGCAGAGUGGUUAUAUCAAGGUGUAGGCAAGGUAGGGAAAUAAGCCAAGAGGCUGUGGAAGUUACAACUGUAAAUGAGAUGAAGUUAGCUGUCACUUUUAUGCCUGUUUUGCAGUUUGAGUUCUUGAAAGGAACUUAAUGUUGAUGCUGUUGAAAGCUUCUAGAGACUUGAUGUGGGGAUAGUUGGGUUCGCUUAUGACAGACUACUCUUAGCCGUCCACUGAAUUCAAUUUGCAGAAUCUGGUGGCCAGUUUGAUUUGAAGGCACAUAGUUUUUUCCUUACAGAGAUCGUAAAAUUUGAGUCCAUUGUAUGGAGGAGGUUUGAGGAACCGUGUGGGGAAGACGGAUCAAUUCUUUCCUUGAUGUUGAAAUGCAGCACUGAAAGAUAAGUAUAUUCUUGAACUGCCUUCCCCUAUCUCAAGUCAAGAAUAACUACGCCUUUUCACAUUCAACUUAUUAUUGAAAUUCCAUAAUUUUGAGCAUGGCUUUUGAAUCAUUCCCUUUCAGCUCCUUGUGCAUGGUGCUUGGUUGUAAGCCACUAUUUAUAUCGAGUGGAGACCAUUCCCUAGAAUAUUUUUAUAGUUAUAUAUAUACACAGAGGCUGGGGAAGGCUGGUUAUGUAAAACAUCUAAUAUCACCUCUAGUUCUUCCAGCUUUAGUUGGACAACAAUUUCUCUCCUUUCAACAUGAACGCAAAACCACAUCACGAGGGAGAUCCAAAUGAAGUGGAUUUCACAGAGGCUGCAAGAUCAUCGUGGUUUAAACCUAGAGCAUUCAGCAUUGUAUGGGGAAAGGAUGGUCGCUACUGGAAUGUUCCCACGGAUGGUAGGCCAGCUGAGCUGUUGCAGGUGAGUUGGCUUGAAGUAAGCACCAUCACCUCAUUGAAAGACAGCAUACAGGCUGGGAAGAAGUAUGCAAUUUCCUUCAGACUGCAGAUGAAGCAAGGGGCUUUUGGUUGGAAUGGCUGCUCCGUUUACUUGAUGGGUAAGAUAGGGCAGGCGGGGAAGUACACAGCUAAAAAGAUAAAGCUGUCAGAUCAACCCGAGAAUGAUAAAGAGUUCGAGACAGAGAAGCUGGAGGUCACUGUUCCAACUGAUGCUACUGAUAUGAAGCUGUACUUUGGGUUGUAUGAAGUCUGGACUGGAAGAUGGAAGGGUGGCCUGCUAAUCCAUGGUGCCAGAGUGGAACAAGUUACAGAGUAGGGAGUGAAAUCCCCGUUUGGUUUUGUGUGUUGUAUUUGCUUACGCUGUUCUUGUGGCCACUUGAAAAAUAAAACAGGGAAUGGGGAAACCAUUUUUAUGUUCCUGCUCCAUUUUCAACGACGUAUUAGCUUGCGAGUUCAUCAAUGGCGUUAAUCUAGAAAAUUGACAGACAUUUCCAUUAAACAAAAAACAGAGAGGGAGAGAGAGAGAAUUAGAAUUAUUCUCCAGACAAACAAAACCAUGGUUAGUAACCUUUUAAUUGGCCG